CCCCACUCCCGCCCAGCGCAGCCGCCGCGGCGGGGCCGGCACCUCCCCGAGUGCCGCACCAUGGGCAGCCAGGGCUCCAAGGCGGCGGGCGGCGACCCCGACACCGCCAAGGCCAACGGGCAGGAGAACGGCCAUGUCAUCUCCAACGGGGACAUGACGCCCAAGGCGGGGGUCGAGGCGACCCCCCAGAACGGGAACGGCUCGGCGGAACCCCCCAAGGAGGAGAGCGAGGGCGAAGCGGGCGCUGCGGACGGCAUCGAGCCCGCCCCGGCCGCCGCCGAGCCCGCGGGAGAAGGGGCCGCGACCCCCAAGGACGCCCCCAAGAAGAAGAAGAAAUUCUCCUUCAAGAAACCCUUCAAGCUGAGCGGGAUCUCCUUCCGCAAGAACAAGAAAGAAGCCGGAGACUCCUCGGGCUCCUCGCCCACGGAGGAGCAGGGCAGGAGCGAGGAGAGCCCGCCCGGGGGGCUGCAACCCUCGGCGCCCCCCGAGGAGGAGCCGGGAGAGCCCAAGGAUGGAGGAGAAGCCGCGGGCAGGCAGGAGGAAGAGGAGGAGGAGGAGAAGAAUCAGCAGCAGCAGCAGGGAGGGGAGAGCCACGGAGACGCCGCCAAAAGCGAGGAACCCUCCAAAACAGCGGGGCCGGAGCCUACAGCGAGCCCGGAGCUGAAAGAAGAAUAAAAACACUCGGGUAUCGUCCUCAGAGGAACCCCCCCGAGCCCCCCGAGACCCCCCGAGCAGCCCCGGUCCCCACGGACUCGCCCGCACCCCCCGGACUGACACACGCCCCGCACGCCCCGCAGGUGUUUCUGUCUCUCUCUCUUUCUCUUUCUCUCUCGUUCUCCCCGUUCCUGGUAGGAAAACAAAACAAAAAAAAAAAAAAAAAAGCUGGUUUGGAUUCCCACCGCCGCCACUCGGAGUAGUUUGAGCUGAAUUCCUUGGGAAAAUGAAAAGAAAAAAAAUUAAUAAUAAUAAUAACAACAAAAAACAACAAGUGGGGAGGAAGAUUUGUCCCGGACGCCUCUGGAGUUUACAGUUUGUGAGAAGCCGGAUCCCAAAUCCUGCUCUGGGGCUCUCCAGGCUGUCCCCUCCUCCCGCUCCCACUGACUGUUCAAUGGAAUUUUGGAUUUUUUUUUUUUUCAUUUAGUAUUUUUUUUUUUCCUUUAUUUCUCAGUUUACAUUCCUGGUUCUGACUCUUCAUUUCAAGUAUUUCGUGCUUUUUUUUCUAUAGAAAUCGAUGGUUUAAAAAGCUAAUCUGGUUAGUUUUUUUUUUUUAUAUUUAUAAUAUGUCUUCUAUUGGCUUAAAACCAUAAAGCUUGUAAGUCCGCUGUGUUUAAUUCUGCUUUUAAGGGAUAACUUUUAGGGUGUGGGGUGGAGAGAGGGGGCCCUGCCAGCUGUAUAAUGUGAAACCAACGUUGUUUUGUUUUUUCUUUUAUUUUUUUUUUUUUCUCUGUAAAUAAUUUUUUAAACGGCCAAAAAAAAAAAAAAAA